AUGGAGGAUGAGGACUUCGAUGCUGCGCAGAAGAAAGCAGAGAAACUUGGAGCCAAGAAGGUGUUUAUGUUGGUCGUGGGCUCUGAGUUUUUUGUUUGUUUAGUAUUUCAUCUGGGGUGCGGUGCAGGCGCUGUCUAUGAGGACCGCUACCUGCUGGGCACGUCUAUCGCCCGGCCGUGCAUCGCCCGCAGACAGGUCCAGAUCGCCCGGCAGGAAAGAGCUCAGUAUGUUUCUCAUGGAGCCACAGGAAAGGGGAAUGACCAGGUUCGCUUCGAGCUGACGUGUUACGCGCUCUAUCCUCAAGUGCAGAUCAUCGCUCCGUGGAGGAUCCCAGAGUUUUACAGCCGCUUCAGAGGAAGGAAGGACCUGAUGGAGUACGCAGAGAAGCACGGUAUUCCUGUUCCUGUCACCCCGAAGGCUCCUUGGAGCAUGGAUGCAAAUCUCAUGCACAUCAGCUAUGAAUCUGGAAUUCUGGAGAACCCGAAGAAUCACGCACCUUCAGAUCUCUACCAGAUGACCAAGAACCCAGAAGAUUCACCCAGUGAACCAGAUGUGCUGGAGAUUGACUUCGCUAAAGGUGUUCCAGUCAGAGUCACUCAUGUUAAGGAAGGAACGUCCAAGGACACUCCGCUGGAGCUCUUCUGCUAUCUGAAUGAGAUCGGUGGAAAGCAUGGUGUGGGGAGAAUCGAUAUCGUGGAGAACCGCUUCAUUGGAAUGAAGUCCAGAGGUAUCUACGAAACCCCUGGCGGAACCGUCCUGCUCCACGCUCAUCUGGACAUCGAGACCUUCACUAUGGACCGAGAGGUUCGGAAGAUCAAACAGAGUCUCGGCAUCAAGUUCUCCGAGCUCAUCUAUAAUGGGUUCUGGUACAGUCCGGAGUGUGAAUUCGUCCGUCACUGCAUUGAUAAAUCUCAGGAGAACGUGGAGGGUCGCGUGCAGCUGUCUGUCUUUAAGGGUCAGGUGUACAUCCUCGGCCGAGAGUCGCCCAAAUCCCUGUACAACGAGGAGCUGGUCAGUAUGGACGUGCAGGGCGACUACGACCCCUGCGACGCCUGCUGGAAUUUUUUUCCAUCAAGAUCCAAUGCGGUCAGGCUGCGGGAACACAACCGUCUGCAGGGAGCCGCGCAGAAGACGCUCUGAUGAUUUCA